AUGCUUGACAAUCUUCAUUUAUACCAUUUUUCGCUAUUUAAAGCCUCUAAAUCUGUCAUUGAUCAUCUUGAAAGGUUCCGUAGAAACUUCCUGAUGGGAGGUUGUGAAGGCAAGAAAAAAAUUUAUUGGGUUGGGUGGGAUGUUGUUUUGGAGCCGAAGGAGAGAGGUGGUCUUGGAGUUGGUUCUUUGGUAUCUUUAAAAUGGGCUCUUCUUUUCAAAUGGUUGUGGCGUUUCAAAAUUGACCUCGAUGCGCUUUGGAGUGUUAAUUGGAGAUGGAAAAAAGUCCCUUCCGACAGCAGGGAGAUCAACGAAUUGGGAUUGGAUGCGCUUAUUAGUUCGUUUUCAGUUACUAAUGGCCCUGAUGCUUGGUCUUCAAAGAUUUCAACAGAUGGCUCCAUUUAUAUGCGUGAUUUAAGAGUUUUAAUCGAUUUAAAAGUAACAAAGCAGGUCGACAAUCCAACUAUUUGGCUUAAUCUAGUGCCUUUGAAAGUUAUUGUGUUUGUGUGGCGUGCCUCUAUGGACAUAGUUCCUUCUUUUGGAGCUCUCUCGAGGAGGGGUAUUUUGGUCCACGACUCUCAUUGUCGGUUUUGCGAUGUUGGGAGUGAUGAAGCUGAUAAUCUUCUUAUUAGAUGCCCUUUGGCACAUGAGGUUUUGAAUUGCAUUAUGAAUUGGUGUAACUUCACUCCUAUUCAGUUUCAUUCAAUUAGAGAGCUCUUGGAGUAUGUUGCAGUCUGGAGUAAUUGUCCCAAAAACCAAAAAAUCCUCUUGGCUAUUCUUUAUGGUUAUCUUUGGUGCACUUGGAAGACGAUAAAUGAUAUAGUGGUCAACAACGUGAUAACUAAUGUUCCCAAACUGGCGGAUAAUAUUAGCUCGUUAGUUUUUAAUUGGGUGAAGCAUAGAUGA